CGCACACAAAUUUGACGAGCGGGUAGUUUGACAGUUUUUUUAAAGAGCGGAUUGCUUGCUAGCAAACCCUAGAUUAAAGUCGGGGUUAGCCCACUUUUGAAUUUGCCAGUGUGAAACGUCUGUGCAGGGUUAAGAGGCCAGUUAGCCCACAAUUAAAAUGGUUCUAGAAUGCAUUUAGCCCAGGGUUAAGUCCAGUGGGAAAGCCCUUUAUUUGGACGUUUCGUUCGCGAGCUAUUGUUGCCGGAAGUCCGAAUAUUUUUAUUUUGUAUUUAUUUUAUUUAUUUAUUAUUUUGAAAGUCCGAACAUUCCAAUAUAAAACUAACUUUAUGGCGAUAACGUUAAAUCACGUGAGGUCAGGUAAUACUAGUCCAGUGUGAAUUGACACGACUGAAAUUCCAAACCAACAAGCACGCAGGGAUUUCUGUUAAGUGGCCCAACCCACAGCAUAAAGUCUUAAAAUUCCUCGAGUUUGCACUCAUUUUACCCCAAAGGAAGAAGUUCGCCUCAUCUUCCGCUUUACUAGCUGAGAUGAAAAAUUACAAACAGUUUCUGUUUUUACUUGUCGCGGUCGUGUCAGUCGGCUUCGUCUCAAUUGUUUUUGUUCUGCGAUGGGUACUGUAUUUUAAAGAAGGCCUGGCAUGGGACGGAGGACUGGCCGAAUUCAACUGGCACCCAGUAUUGAUUGUUACCGGAUUUGUUUUCAUACAGGGAAUCGCCAUCCUGGUGUACAGACUCCCAUGGACAUGGAAGUGCAGCAAGCUUAUGAUGAAGUUAAUUCAUGCUGGCCUGAACAUCCUGGCUUUUGUUUUUGCUGUGGUAUCUGUGGUAGCAGUGUUUGACUUCCACAAUGCUGCAGACAUUCCCAACAUGUACAGUCUGCACAGUUGGGUGGGUCUGGCUGCUGUCAUUCUUUACGGCCUACAGAUUGCUCUGGGACUGUGUGUGUACCUGGUGCCCAUCACCCCAGGGUCCCUGCGAGCUGCCUUCAUGCCAGUUCACGUCUACAGUGGUCUGUUAAUCUUUACCAGCGUUAUUGCCACUGCACUGAUGGGAAUCACAGAAAAGCUCAUUUUUGGUCUGAAAAAUCCUAAGUAUAAGGACUCCCCCCCAGAAGCAACUUUUGUAAAUGUUCUCGGAGUGUUAAUUAUGCUUUUUGGAGCUCUUGUCAUUCGGAUUGCCACAUGCCCUUCCUGGAAACGCCCGAGUGAGCAGCUUGUCAGCAGCCAACACAACAAUAAGGGAGACGCCAACAGAACCAUGGGGGGCAUGGCUCUGUCCACAUGCAGCCCCACUGACUGUUAUGACCCAGAGGCCAACUGCGAUACCCGUAAGAGGAACAGUAAACCAGAUGAUCCAGGACAGAGGUCGACCGUGUAACUUCAUAAUACAUUAAUUUCCAUGUAUUGUCAUGACAUACAUUUCUUAUAAGACCAGGAAUUAAUGUAUCUCCCAACAGCAAUUGCACACAGUUUGUUUUGUUUUUGUUUUUCCCUUUGGUAUGAUUCUGAGCUACUGUAUUUAAUCCAUGUUUUUUUUUCUCCCCGACUUUCUGGUAAACGGCUUUAAUCACCAAAGUUACAAUAAUUCAGGCACUUUCAUCAUUUAAAUGGCAUGAAAUGUGAAUGCUUUGCAAAACAACCGUAUUGGCUGAAACUGAAUAACUGAGAAGCUAUUUUAAUGAGUAGUUGCUUCUCACCGAAUUCCAAACAAAAUUGGACAAUUAUUUUUUCCUUCUCUCAGCCCUGUGUGCCACUUACAUUACCAUUACAGAACUUGGUGGAGCUGUAGAAAACUUACAAUUAUCAUGCAUAAAAAGUGAUUCUAGGCCUGAUUCUAGGUAAAUUAGUAACAUUCAUAUAUAUAUA